AUGGGCCUCUCCUAUGAUCCGAUCGAACUGCUCCUCACUGGUGAUUGGCAGAAGCUUGAUCAAAGAGAGCGCUUCGUCAUCGAGCUCAUCCUCAUGGAGUUACCUUCUCCAAGUUACUCCAAGUGGCUGAUGCUGCUUCCGUCCUUUGAGACCAAGAUCGAGUUUUCUUAUGCUUCGGAAUCUGCUCGGAUGGACUGGUCCUCCUUCACCAAGGGCUAUUUUCAGAAACGAGAAACGCUUGUCGCCGUCAUGUUGCUUGUUGAUGCCAGUGUUCCACCCCAACAAAUUGACCUUGAUUGUGCCAACUGGUUGGGUCGCAAUAACAUUGGAAUGACGUUUGUUUUCACUAAAUGUGACAAAACUAAGGGCGGUAAGGGAAGCCGUCCCGCCGAUAACAUUAAACAGUUUCAGGAGCUCUUGAAAACAUAUUAUCGUCGAGAACCUCCUCCAUGGAUCAUGACGAGUAGUGUUACUGGCUUAGGUCGUGAUGAACUGCUGCUCCACAUGUCACAGUUGAGAAAUUACUGGGAUAAUAGCGAGGAAUAAUUAAUGUAGUGUUCAAAGUUUUCUACCAAGCCGCUCGUCUCCUCAAUUUGUAAGCCUUUGUGUGCAUAUAUUUUGGAUUUUAAUCAUGCUUGGUAGUAGUAAAAGAAUUAUUUCUGUGUGCAAAUCUAAGGCAGGAAUCAGAAAAUGGAGCUUUUUAGAUUUCUUAUCAACCAUGCUUACCAAUUUGAGUCUGGUAAAACGAGUAUUUCGCUUGUGGUUUUACUUGCUGUUAUCGACUCGGGUUUACCAAUUUGAUUGGUUUUUUAGUUGGACUGGAAACUGUUGCUUGUGAGAAACUGAGUCAGCGGAGAUUGUCGAUCAUCAUCGUCUUAGCUAUAGGGUCCAUAUCAUAUGAACAA